AUGAAGAUGCUUAUCUUCAAACUUGCCUUAUUACUAUUGCUUUCGAACCAAGGAAGAUGCGGUCUGCUGACCAAGAAGUUAAUUAAGGAGUUGUUUCACGGAGAGGACCCUUAUAACAGACAAAUCAGACCAGUUAUCAACGAGUCUACACCCACCAAUGUACAAAUGAAGUUUUUUGUUUCUCAAAUUCUUAAUAUGGAUGAAAGGUUACAGCAGCUGAAGACUAAUGUGUGGCUUACAUAUGUUUGGACCGAUGAAUUUCUACGCUGGGAUCCAGCCGAUUUCAACGGACUGAAGAGCUUCAAGAUAACCUCUGACCUCAUCUGGAUGCCUGAUAUCGUCAUCUAUAACAAUGCUGCUGACUCAUAUGAACCGUACAUGUUCAACAAGAUCGUCAUGGUAGAUCAUAACGGUCGCGUAAACUGGGCAUCACCUAUUAUUAUCCAGUCGAGCUGUCAACUUGAUGUUGCCAACUUCCCUUUCGACUAUCAGAAAUGUCAUAUCAAGUUUGGUCCUUGGCAGCUUGACGGAUCCGAGCUGACGCUUAAUGGAUCAGGUGAUGAGACAGUUUUUCGGAGUGACGGUGAAUGGGACAUGAUAGGACUAACGCACGAGACUACUCUAAUGUCUUACGUAGACUCGCCUGGCAUCUUGCAUUAUGACGUCAACUACACGAUACACAUAAGGAGACGCCCUAUGUACUACGUGUUCAACCUUCUCGUACCAUGUAUCCUGAUCGCAUCAACCACUCUUCUUGAUUUCCUUCUACCGGUUGAUUCGGGAGAGAAGGUAUCUCUUGGUGUUACAGUUCUUCUCUCACUCACAGUCUUCUUACUUCUCAUUGCUCAAUCAAUGCCGCCAUCUAGCGUCGUACCCAUUAUAGGUCAUUACUACGUGUCUACCAUGGUUUUGGUCUCGAUCUCCAUCCUCCUCACCGUUUCAGUGAUCAACCUUCAUCAUCGCGGUCCAUACUGUAGACCAGCUCCUAGAUGGCUUAAACGGAUCAUUCUUGGACAAAUAGCGUGGUAUCUACGACUACAACCUGAUCACUUCAAGAACAUGAAGUUUGCUCCAGAUAAGAGAGAUUACAAUGCCAACGAAAAAACCUUUUCACCGAGAAAAAGCGUCAGGAAGCAGAUUGUCGAGGAAUGGGAUAGAUACAAGUCCGAGAAUGGGAAAGUGACUGCACCCAACGACUCCUCUACCCAAGAUGGUGGUCAGAGGAGAGAUGAAGAUCAGCUCCUUCUUUUACGACGAAUGAACGAACAUAUGAAAUACAUCCGCGCUCAUUUUGAAGAGAGCGACGAGUUUGAGGAAAUCAAGAAUGAGUGGAAACAGAUCGCGUUGGUCGUCGAUCGAGUCUUCGCUAUCUUCUACGUCCUCGGUACGAUCGGAACCGGCAUGAUUCUGGUGUUUAAGGUAUCUUAAGCCUCGGUCACAAAUGCCAUUACGAUCUGCUGCGAACGCCGUACGAACGAUUUUCAGACAAUGGAAAUUCGGGAAGACAAUGGAAAAACAGGGAGAUUCGUACGAAAUUAUCGUUGGUACGAACCUUUGUGACCGUAGCAUAAGGUGAUGACUGAUGUCAUCUUAGAACUUGUUAGGAUCGUCAUCAUCAUCAUGAUUUUCUGUCAUGACGAGUCGUGAUCGUUCUUGAAAGAAAAUAACAGUCUUCGAUAUACACAGAUCAGAAGGUUAUUUCGAAUAAGUGUUUGUUAGUAUCACCUGAUGAAUCAGUAUUUACGGUACAUUGAAUCUGACCGCCAACCCCGCCC